AUGGGUUCCCUGGUGACGGUUCCGUCCAGUGGGGAGCCGCCGGUCUCCUCGAGCAGCGAGGCUCUGGCUGAGGCGUUGGCAGCGCUGGUGGCGGCUAUCAGGUCGGCGACGGACUCCGUCCCGGCACCGCUGAUGGAGCACGCGCCGCCGCUGGUACGCGCCGUGACGACGGACGACCGCGAGGCGAUGCGCCGGCUCGUGGAGUCGGAGGACGGCCCGAACGUCCCCGACGGCGGCGGCAAGACGCCCCUGCACUGGGCCGUCCUCGUGGAGGAGGGGGCGGUCUUGCAGAGCCUGCUGGCCUUCGGCAGGUGCAGCGGUGGCGUGGGCGGCCCGCGGCUGCAGCUGGACGCGGCCGACGUGAACGGCUUUACGCCGCUGCACUACGCGGCGGUGACGCGCAACUCGUUCGCGACGCACCUGCUGCUGCAGGCGGGGGCCACCGUCGACUGCCGCGACAUCGACGGCCAGACGCCGCUGAUGAAGGCGGCCAGGUGGGACGACGUGGCGCAGUGCCGCGCGCUGCUGGGGGCGGGGGCCGCCGCGGCCGUCGCAGACAGAGCCGGCAGGACGGCGCUCCAGCUGGCGGCGGCCGCGGGCACCGCCGACAUUGUGCGGCUGCUGCUGGAGCGCGGCGCGAGGGCGGACGCGGCCGACAAGGCGGGCCGCACGGCGCUCAACUACGCGCUGCGGCACUCGCGGCUGGACGCGGCGCGGCUGCUGCUGCCCACGGCCGCCUACACCCCCCGCGUGGACAACACCGGCCGCACCGAGCUGCACUGGGCGGCGGCCAACGGCACGGCGGAUAUCGUGGAGCGCCUGCUCAGCUUCGGGCCGCCGAGGUAG